UCGCGACCAAAUUCAACCCUUCAUGACAUACACUAGGGUCUGCAACAGCAAACGCAGCGUUUCUCGUCUCUCCAGGACUUCAGCUCCUUUCCUGUCCCGCGCCUCGUUCGUCGCAAUCCCAAGCGGGGCUCGAGUUGCCGCCAUGUCCACCUCGACAGCGGUGCCCCCGCGCAAACCAAUGCCCUCUGCAUUGACCUUUGAUCUACAUGCCAAAUGCUCGACCACAAAAGCACGCGCUAGCACGCUUCACCUCCCCCAUGGCGACGUCCCCCUCCCCAUCUUCAUGCCCGUUGCGACACAAGCCUCCUUGAAAGGGUUGACGUACGACCAACUCAGACAGACUGGCUGCCAGCUCUGCUUAAAUAACACCUACCAUCUCGGCCUCAAGCCCGGCCAGGCAGUACUGGAUGCGGUCGGUGGUGCGCACAAAUUGCAGGGGUGGGAUCGGAAUAUCCUCACGGACAGUGGAGGUUUCCAGAUGGUGUCUCUCCUCAAACUCGCUCAAGUCACCGAAGAAGGUGUCCGCUUCCUUAGUCCGCACGACGGCACUCCGAUGCUUCUCACCCCCGAACACUCCAUCUCCCUACAAAACUCCAUUGGUUCCGACAUUAUCAUGCAGCUGGACGACGUGAUCGCCACCACUUCCCCGGACCACGCCCGGAUCCAUGAAGCGAUGGAGCGCUCGAUUCGAUGGCUGGACCGGUGCAUCGACGCACACAAAUACCCCGAACGACAAAAUCUUUUCUGUAUCAUUCAGGGCGGCUUGGAUCUGGAGCUCCGCAAACAAUGCUGCGCAGAGAUGGUGGCUCGAGAUACGCCAGGUAUUGCUAUCGGAGGUCUUUCCGGCGGAGAGGCCAAGGAGGACUUUUGCAAAGUGGUGGACACUUGUACAGGACUGCUUCCUGAGCGGAAGCCACGCUACGUGAUGGGAGUGGGCUACCCAGAGGAUCUGAUUGUCGGUGUCGCUCUCGGUGCAGACAUGUUUGAUUGUGUCUGGCCCACCCGAACCGCUCGAUUCGGCAAUGCGAUCGUCCCCAGCGGGACACUCAACCUGCGCCAUCGGUCCUACGCGGAGGACUUCCGGCCGGUGCAAGAAGGCUGCACUUGCAGCAUCUGCCGGCCCCGAGAUCAGGGCGGCCUUGGGAUUACGCGUGCAUAUAUCCACCAUCUGACGGCGAAGGAGACUGUGGGAGCGCAUCUUCUGACCAUGCACAAUGUCCACUACCUGCUGUCCUUAAUGGGAUCUGCGCGGCAGGCUAUCUUGGAGGAUCGGUUUCCCGCCUUCUUGCGCGAGUUCUUUGCCAACCUGUAUGGUGAAAAGACCAACUACCCUCAGUGGGUGGUAGACGCAUUGCGGGGAGUGGGAGUCGAUCUUAUGGUAGAUUAGCUAGCAUAAUACCCGAUAGACAACCAUCUGGUUGGUUACUGGUGGUCCAGCUCAACAGCACCA